GCGGAGAAGCGCCUAGGAGGAGCAGCCCAGCGCGCGGUCCUCGGGCGCCGGCGGCACCCAGAGACCUUGCUAGGAGGGCGCGCUCUCAGCGCCGGGGAAGAGCAGAGCCGGCGCAUUCCCGGGGUCCCCGGCACAGCUCACCGCCAGAGGGGUUCCCCGAGCGCCUGCAGCUGCACGAAGCUUCCCGCGCCCCCGCGCCCCACGCCAAGAACCGCGGCGAAAUGUCCACACGCGUCGGCCUCCUGCUGCGCGUCCUGCAGCUUCUGCUGUGGGGCGGCCUGGAAGUGGAGCCGGUGGAACCGGGAGGCGAGGAGUUGCUCAGAGAGGCGGAGGCAUUCCUGGAGAAGUACGGCUACCUCAGUGAACAGGUUCCCAGAGCUCCUACUCAGCUCAGCAAUGCCAUCAGGGAGUUCCAGUGGGUGUCCCAGCUGCCUGUCAGUGGCGUGCUGGACCGUGCCACCCUACAACAGAUGACGCGGCCCCGUUGUGGGGUUACUGAUGCUGAGAGUCAUGCAGCCUGGGCCGAGAGGGUCAGUGCCCUGUUUGCUGGACGCCGGGCGAAAAUGAGGAGGAAACGCUUUGCAAAGCAAGGCAACAAGUGGUACAAGCAGCAUCUCUCCUACCGCCUGGUCAACUGGCCUGAGCACCUGCCUGAGCCGGCAGUUCGGGGGGCCGUGCGCGCCGCCUUCCAGCUGUGGAGCAACGUCUCAGCGCUGGAGUUCUGGGAGGCCCCAGCCACAGGCCCUGCCGACAUCCGCCUCACGUUCUUCCAAGGGGACCACAACGACGGGCUAGGCAACGCCUUCGACGGGCCAGGGGGCGCCCUGGCGCACGCCUUUCUGCCGCGCCGAGGCGAAGCGCACUUCGACCUAGACGAGCGCUGGUCCCUGAGCAGCCGCCGCGGGCGCAAUCUGUUCGUGGUGGUGGCGCACGAGAUCGGCCACACGCUCGGCCUGCCCCACUCACCCGCGCCGCGCGCGCUCAUGGCGCCCUACUACAAGAGACUGGGCCGCGACGCGCUGCUCAGCUGGGACGACGUGCUGGCGGUGCAGAGCCUGUAUGGGAAGCCCCUGGGGGGCUCAGUGGCUGUCCAGCUCCCAGGAAAGCUGUUCACUGACUUUGAGGCCUGGGACCUUCACAGUCCCGGGGGCAGACGCCCUGAAACCCGGGGUCCUAAAUACUGCCACUCUUCCUUCGAUGCCAUCACUGUAGACGGGCAGCAGCGAGUGUACAUUUUUAAAGGGAGCCACUUCUGGGAGGUGGCAGCUGAUGGCAACGUCUCAGAGCCCCGCCCACUGCAGGAAAGGUGGGCGGGGCUGCCCCCCUACAUUGAGGCUGCUGCAGUGUCUUUGGAGGACGGAGACUUCUACUUCUUCAAAGGGAGUCGAUGCUGGAGGUUCCGGGGCUCCAAGCCAGUGUGGGGCUCCCCGCAGCUGUGCCGGGCAGGGGGCCUACCCCGCCACCCCGACGCCGCCCUUUUCUUCCCUCCCCUGCACCGCCUCGUCCUCUUUAAGGGGGCUCGCUACUACGUGUUGGCCCGAGGGGGCCUGCAGGUGGAACCCUACUAUCCCCGUGACCUGCAGGACUGGGGCGGUGUCCCUGAGGAGGUCAGCGGUGCCCUGCCGCAGCCGGACGGCUCGGUCAUCUUCUUCCGAGAUGACCGAUACUGGCGCCUCGACCACGCCAAACUGCGGGCGACCGCCUCGGGCCGCUGGGUCGCAGAACUGCCCUGGAUGGGAUGCUGGCACGCCAACUCCGGGGGCGCCCUGUUCUGAAGGCCCCACCACUUACACAACCGUUGGCACCCUAAUGGCCAACUCGAUUCCUCUACCCCAGAGGCGGAACCUGUCUGGGAAGCCUCUGAACCUCCUGUAGAAGACGGGGCAGGAAAACUCCACCAGGAAGUUUGUUGGCUUUUGUCCCCUGGAGAAUAUGGCGUUUUCUGUGUGCCCUUCCCGCUACAUGGAGGUGGGGGUGGGAUCAAUCCAAGAGUCCCUGAUCUCACGGCCUUUUCUCCAAGGACCUUUUUUCUCCCAAACCAAAAACCCACUGCCGUCGAGUCGAUUCCAAGCGUUGGAGAUUUUGCUUCUUCUGAUAAAGGGGCAGCUCCUGCCCACAAGGGGGCAGCACUGGGAUCCAACGAGAAAGGAUGCAAGACUCUAAGCAGAGGUUGGGGACCCUUCUGCAAAACUGUGCCCUGAUUCUCAGGGCUUCCUGUCUGAGUUUUGGAGAAUUGUGUCUUAUUUAAAGCAGAAACUCCGCCCUAAGGAAGCUUGGAUGGGGCGGGAGUAUGGGGUCUCCAACGUCAGAGGCCCUGAAGGGAUCAGGACACUCAGCAGAAGGAGACUGAUGCAGGCCUGCUAGGCCUCAGCUUUUUGUGAAGGUCUGGAAUAAAGUGGAACCCCCAGAUGGGGAGCUGGAAGCAGAA